AUGAAAGGACAACUUCCUCCUGGUGAUAUGGGAUGGCCUUUCAUUGGCAGUCAAAUGUCUUUCCUUAAGGCCUUUAAGUCUGAUAACCCGGAUUCCUUCAUCUCCACCCUUGCCGAAAGAUUUGGGCAUACAGGAAUAUACAGAGCUGUAAUGCUUGGAAAACCCUGUGUCAUAGUAACAACGCCUGAAUCAUGCAAAAAAGUUUUAUCAGAUGAUGCAACUUUUGGGCCUGGUUUCCCUGAAUCAAUCACCAAACUCAUGGGGAAAAAGGCAUUUCAUGGUAUCACACCGGAAGAACACAAGCGACUUCGAAGGCUUACCACGGCUGCCCUUAGUGGCCAAGAGGCAUUGUCCAUUUACCUCAAGCACAUUGAAGAAAUCACAAUCACUUCACUUGAGGAAUGGGCUGGCAUGUCAAGACCAAUCGAGUUCUUGACUGAGAUGAGGAAGAUUGCCUUCCAGGUGAUCAUGUAUGUUAUGGUGGGUGAGACGAGUACUGAUCAUUCCAUCACGGAGGCCUUGGAAAAGGAGUACACUACUUUGAAUCAUGGACUGAAGUCUAUGGCUAUUGACCUACCGGGCUUUGCUUAUCACAACGCCCUUAAGGAAGAACUUGCAGAAAAUAUUUCUGGGGGUCGUAGAUACAAGAAGGCCUCAAUCCCUCUAGUCAUUUCAGAAAGCCACAGCAUGAAUGCAUGA